AUGACGACGAGCAACGCGUUUAGGUUCGUUCCACCGACGACCCAAAGAUCUGCUUGCUCCUCUCGCCGGUGUGCUUCUUCGCCGGUGAGUCCUAACCCCCUCGGCCCUCUGUGCUUGGCCGACGUCCGUCUAUCGCUUCCCUUGGUGAGUCCAGUUGAGAACUUGGGCGUGAGCCGGUCUGCUUCCUCUGCCUCUCCUCCUCGAAUCCUCAAGACGACGAAGAUGGCUAUGGCAAGACCUCCUCCUCCGCCAGAGCCGCCAGACCCUCUCUCGGCACCGUCGAGCUUGCUCCCACAUGUCAAGCUUCACCACCGUCGAUAG